UUAGUCCACUACGGAAUGUUCUAAAAAACGGUCGUGAAAAUUUAUUCAUACGCAUAUACAAAGUUUUGAAAAACAAGGCAAAAGAAAAAAAACUGUAGAGCUCAACCAAAACAAAAGUGCAAACAACAUCAAAUUGUUAAUCAAUUUUAAAUAAAUUAUAUGUACAAUACGUAUAAAUAAAUAAAUUUUGAAAAAAGAAAAAAAAAACAAGAACUUUUGAUGGCCGCAACGAAAAUUAUAGACGUCCCUAGUGGGCCUAGAAAUGGCCAUGAAAUGGCACCUCUUAAUACCCGAGCACGAGGUGAUGGUACCCAUGGUGUUACAAUUGUCCUUACUGCUCCACAAAGAAAUUCUGUCAGUUCAGUGGAUAUACCGGGUGAACCGGAGAGGGCGGCAUGGUCUGGAAAAAUGCAAUUCUUUCUUAGCAUUAUUGGAUAUUCAGUAGGAUUGGGAAACAUAUGGAGAUUUCCGUAUUUAUGCCAACAGAAUGGGGGUGGUGCAUUUCUAAUUCCCUUCAUGGUCAUGUUGAUUUUAGAAGGAGUACCGCUGUUUCUCAUUGAAUUGGGGAUCGGUCAGAGGAUGAGACUAGGAGCCCUUGGUGUCUGGAACACUAUUCAUCCGUGGUUGGGUGGAAUCGGAAUAUCAUCGUGUAUUGUAACGUUGUUUGUAGCAUUAUAUUACAAUGUUAUAAUAACUUGGGUUUUCUUUUAUUUAUUUAACAGCUUUCGGUAUCCAUUGCCUUGGGCAUCAUGUCCCGGAAAUGAAACAUACGAAGUUGAAGAAUGUGCCCGUUCUUCGGAAACAGCAUACUUCUGGUAUCGCACAACACUCGAUGCCGCACCGUCCAUGGAUGAACCUGGAGGCCUAAAAUGGUGGAUCGUCUUAUGCCUGAUGUUGUCAUGGACAAUUGUCUUCUUCAUCGUUAUGAAGGGUAUUCAGAGUUCUGGAAAAGUUGUCUAUUUCACAUCAUUGUUUCCCUAUGUUGUCUUAACUAUUUUCUUCAUUCGUGGAAUCACACUGCGUGGUGCUAGUGCCGGACUGAUGCAUAUGUAUACGCCAAAAGUUGAAAAACUAGCCGAUCCAACGGUUUGGCUAGAUGCUGCCACACAAGUAUUCUAUUCGUUUGGUCUGGCCUUUGGAUCUUUAAUUGCCUUCGGAAGUUAUAAUACGCCGAAAAAUAAUUGUGUUCGAGAUGUGAUAUUGGUGUCGGUUUGCAAUGCUAUAACGGCAAUUUAUGCCAGUGUUGUUAUAUUUGCCAUUCUUGGUUUCAAAGCAACUGUCAAUGUUGAUCGAUGUAUUGAAGUAAAUAAGGAAAUUCUUUUUAAACAUUCAUACUUGCCAUUCAAAAACGUAACUACGGAAGAAUACGAAGCAACCAUGCAUAAAAUCAGUGCUAACGUCUCUAAAAGUCUAGAAUUGGAAGAAUGCAGUCUAUCAACUAUGUUAGAUAAUGCUGCCGAAGGUACAGGACUUGCAUUUAUUGUCUUCACACAGGCCAUUGUGGAAUUACCAGGUGCUCCAUUCUGGGCGGUUCUGUUCUUUACGAUGUUACUCUCGCUGGGUCUAGGCUCACAAAUUGGUAUUCUCGAAGGAAUGCUUUGUACACUGUUUGAUAUUGAUAUAGUUAAAAGGGUCAAGAAACAGCACGUAACCGGUGUGGUUUGCCUAUUCUGCUUCUUAGUAGGAUUUGUCUUCUGUACAGGAGCUGGUGAAUACUGGUUGAAAAUGUUUGAUUCAUUUGCUGGAACUAUUGGAUUGGUUGUUGUGGCGCUUAUGGAAAUGAUAUCAGUUGUCUAUAUUUAUGGACAUGCAAGGUUCACAGAAGAUAUCUAUCAAAUGACUGGAUAUCGACCAGGAUGGUACUGGCAAGUGACGUGGCGAUACAUUGGACCUGCUAUCAUGGCUUGUAUUCUGGUGUCGUCAGUGAUUUUCAUGGUUAUCAAAAAUCCCACAUAUGGUGCAUGGAAUAAGGAAUUGGGAAUGGUUAAAGAGGCAAAUUAUCCAAACUGGGUCAUGGCUAUUGCGCUGGCAAUGAUAUUGGCCGGAGUUCUGCCUAUGCCAGUGGUAUUCCUUAUGAGAAGCUUCCAAUGCCUUAAGGUUGACUUUGACAUUCAUCAAGGCUCAAUUCGACGAAAUGAGACUACAGCAUCAACUAAGGAAAUGAUCGAUGAUGAUGAUGACGAUGAGGAUUACAGCGGACCAGCAAUGGGUGGCCGCGUUAGUACCCGCAGUGACGAUUCAGACGACGACGAGGAUCUGCCAGUUACUAUGAGAAAUAUAUCGUUAUUGAAGUCACCCGCAACAGGGAAUAAUUUAGCAGUGCCAACAAGUAAGAAGCCAUUUAAAAUGGAAAUUGUUGAUUAUUAAUUAAAUAAAUAUAUAUAUAGAAAUAAAUUAAAAAUUUAGACAUAAAUAAAAAUUGUAAACGAACAAAAAAAAAAAAGAAUUCGAACAAAACAAAAAAUAACAAUAAACUUAUUUUAUUUUUGUUUGUUUUUAUUUUUCUUAAUUAUCAAAACUUUGUUACAGUCUUUCUUUGUAUCAUAAAAAUAGUUAUAAAUAAAAAUUAUUCAAAAAGUAAUAAAACAAAAAAACAAAACGUAUUUAUAAAUAAUUCAAACUUAAAUAUAUGUUCCUCUUUUGUUAUAGAAAUAUGUACCUAAAGGAACCAUUUCCAAUAGAAUAUAGUUAAAAUAAUAAUUUAGCGUUUGCUUAAAAAAGUAUGGAAGGUCGUUUUUUAAUUUAAACAAAACAAACAAAAACAAACAACAUGUUCAAAAAGGCUUUAAAAGCUUCACAAAAACAUACUCAGAAAAUUGAAACACGUACAUUUUUUUAGAAAGUUAAAUUAAAAAAAAAAUACAAACAUUUUGGCAUAACUAAAUUUCUUAUAUUUUAAAACAUUGAUAUUCAAAAAAUAAAGAUGGAUGAGGAUACGUGCGGGUACUUACGUGAAAAGGUACAAGAAAUCAUUUAUUUUGAACACGAGAAAAAUAAAAAAUAAACCAAAACCAAAAAAAAAAUAAUAAACAUGUUAUCCACAGAUUUUAAAAUAUGUGAAAUCAAAAUGCUGUGAAUAGUUAAUAGAAUUGUAUAUGUAAAAUGUAAUAUAUAUAAAUUAUUAUGUAACUUAUAUUUUCAUUUUAUUAUUUUCUCAGCACCAUUUACAUAUUUAACAAAAAUAAAAAAAUAAAUAUUUAAGAAUAUGUGCGCAUAUUAUAACAAUAAAAUGUUAUAUGUUCGUGCAAAUGUUGUUAAAUAAAAAUAAAAAUAUUAAAUCAGGAAACGUAUAUAGUUAAGUAGAUCUUAAGAAGACCGAGUUGAAUAAAAAUAAAAUUAAUUAAUUAAGAAGAAAAAAUUUAAGUAUUAUAGAGACUAAGUAUAUCUAAUAAAUACACCAUAGCAUUUGUUUGAUAUUGUUACUAUUAAACAUUGAAGUAACUUCAAUUUAAACAAAAACAAAAACCAAAGCUUUUAUUAAAUAUUUUCAUUUGCAAUAACCUUUCUAUUUAAACAAACAAAAAUAAACUUAAAAAACAAAAAAAGAAAAAAACGGUACAAGACAAUAACUCUGAAAAUGGUAACAAAAUUUAAGAAAAUAAAACAAAAAACAUUCAGAAAAAAAGGGAAGAUAAAUUCAACUACUUAAAGAAAAUAAAACUAUGCCUACUUUUUUUUACUUAAUUUAUGUUUAAUAAACAAAACAACAACAAAAAAAACUAUUUAACAUCUUUUAAAAAGAGAACAUGUAGGAAUUUUGUAAAUAAAUAAAACUGCAUAGUUUAAAAAUGUACCUACCUAACUAACCUACAUAUUAUAUUAAAACAAACAAACAAAACUGAAAACCCAUGGAUUUUUCGGAUCUGCAAUAUUGUCUUCAAGUUGGUAUUUAUAACAAAUAAAAUAAUAAUAUUUUAUUUUUUACUUAAACUUUAAAUGGUGUCAUAUAAAAUAAAAUAAAAUAAAAUAAAAACACAUUUAACGUUGUAUUUUCAAAUACCUGAGCUGUUUUAGUGAAACUUUCAAAACAAUGUAUGCAAACUUAUAAACAAAAAAAAAUAGUUCUUUAAGUUAAGUUAAUGAAUUUAAAAUUACUGAAACCAAAAUAUUACUUAAAACUCAAUUAAAUUGAAAAUAAAAUGUGUUAAUAUCGACUACCUACAACCUAAAAAUUGA